GAGAUGGAGCUGUGGAUGGGCAUGGAUGAGGUCCAGUUUGCCCCGCUCCCCCUGUCUCGCAGUCAGCACCAAAGAGACCAGCUCUUCCACAAGGGCGCCAUGCAGAACUUCGGGCUGCAUGGCGCGCAAGCGGAGGUGUUGCGGGGCAAGCACAAGUUUGCGAAGUUGGAGGCGAACGCGGUGCAGGCAAUGGUCGCGGCUGCCGAGGUCAAGGAAGACCUCGCAGCAGUCGCGGCGGAGCUGGCCGCCGCGAAGCGACGCAUGGCGCAGCUGUGCGGGGCGUCCCUGCCCGCGGAGGCGAUCAAGGGGCAGGGCCUGCAGGGGGCGUUCAAGAAGAUGGAGGGCGUUAUCGGCCAG